GAACGACAGCCGUCUAACUGAGAAUACUGAAAGCAGAUAAGAGGCUCCUGACAUUCUAAAUUCGAGUCGAAUUGAAAAGCACGUGUCAGGCUGGAUUCACGCCUUUCGUCCAAGAACCUGCGCAGCAUUGCAGCAGUCUAAGCGGAAUCAUUCAGCUUCAACUACCUUUCCUGUUCUCCUCCUCUGAUUAUGUAAAAAUCAUUUGGCGGGGUGGGCGAGAGAAAGUUUCAGGUUUGCUUUGGCCCAAAAGUACCUUUGUUUAAUUAUAGGCAUGUUUAACCUGGCGGAAUACUAUUGGAAUCAGUUGUUCUGUCUGCGUCCAGCCAAUUUGGCCGGCUCUGUCUCUCUCACACACACACACACACACACCACUUGAAGCUCUCUCACGCCCUCUGCAUAUUUUACUUCCCGGCUCCUAUCAGCCGAGCCGCUUCGUCACUUUCCGUUCGCUGUCUCCACUCUAUCAGUGGCUGGGUACAGUUCCUGGACCAAAACCUUUCUUGCAUUUCUACAGACCGCUACUUCUCCCUCUCACUUUGAAAUAACCUUCCUGUGGUAAGGAAAUCACAACUGUAAGCAUCCUGUCAUCGCAAGACAACCCUCUCAGUCCAGGCACUACUCUAGGGAAGCUUGCAGCAUGGUCUCCCAAGUUGUGUAUAGCCUCCGAUGAAUAUGGAGACCGAAACUGUGUGUUGAGUGCUUCAGAUGUGAUGUCAAAAAACUCCAUGCAAUAGUUCCUUGUUCUUGUACUCCAGUUCUGUAUUCCAUUUCAAAUAGUGCAGAUAAAGUUUGGAACACCUGGGCCAUGAGCCGUAGGGUUGUACGUCAGAGCAAGUUUCGCCAUGUCUUUGGGCAGGCAAUGAAAGCUGACCAAUGUUAUGAAGACAUACGUGUGUCUAAAGUGACGUGGGAUAGCUCCUUCUGUGCAGUUAAUCCCAAAUUUGUGGCCAUCAUUGUGGAAUCCGGUGGAGGAGGAGCCUUCCUGGUCCUGCAACUUGCCAAAACUGGACGUGUGGAUAAAAACCACCCCUUGGUGUGUGGGCACACGGCCCCCGUGCUUGACAUUGAUUGGUGUCCACACAAUGACAAUGUGAUUGCCAGCGGCUCUGAAGACUGUACAGUCAUGGUUUGGCAGAUCCCAGAUCAUGUAGCACUCCGGUCUAUAACGGACCCCAUUGUUGUCUUGGAGGGCCAUUCGAAGAGGGUCGGGAUUAUCACAUGGCAUCCAACUGCCCGGAAUAUUUUACUAAGUGCAGGCAGUGAUAAUAUGAUAAUUAUUUGGAAUGUGGGGACAGGGGAGCCCUUGAUAACUCUCGAUGAGCUGCACAGUGACCUGAUUUACAACGUCUGCUGGAACCGCAAUGGCAGCCUCAUCUGCACCACCUGCAAGGACAAGAAAGUGCGUGUCAUUGAUCCGAGGGAGCAGCGCAUCGUUGCUGAAAAGAACAAAGCACAUGAAGGCGCUCGCCCAAUGAGGGCCAUCUUUAUGUCCAAUGGUAAAAUCUUCACCACAGGAUUCAGCAAGAUGAGCGAACGGCAACUGGCCCUCUGGGACCCGAAGAGCUUUGACGAACCAAUAGCACUGCAGGAGAUGGACACCAGUAAUGGAGUGCUUCUGCCAUUUUAUGAUCCAGAUUCCAAUAUAGUCUACCUCUGUGGAAAGGGUGAUAGCAGUAUUCGAUAUUUUGAAAUCACAGAUGAAGCUCCAUAUGUUCAUUACAUCAGCACAUUCAGCAGUAAGGAGCCACAGAGAGGAAUGGGCUUCAUGACAAAGAGAGGCCUGGAUGUCAGUAGAUGUGAAAUUGCAAGGUUUUUCAAGUUACAUGAACGGAAAUGUGAACCGAUUACAAUGACAGUGCCUCGCAAGUCAGAUCUUUUCCAAGAUGACUUGUACCCAGAUACACAAGGCCCUGAACCAGCAUUAGAAGCUGAGGAGUGGAUGGCUGGCAAGAACGCUGAUCCCAUUCUUAUCUCAUUGAGAGAUGGGUACAUUCCACCGAAAAACAGAGAACUGAAAUUUGCCAAGAAGAACAUUCUGGAUAACAAGCCACCUCUUGGACCUCGACGAAGCUACUCCACAUGCGAACCAAAUUUCUCUCGUGUAACCGUGGAAGAACUAAUGGAUGAAAUUAAAUCACUGAAGGUGAUAGUCCAGUCCCAGGAGAGACGCAUUACUGAGUUAGAGAACAAGCUCUCAAAGUUCACCAAUGGCACAGCUUAAUUUUAUCUUCAGCUCAAGCAUGCACUCCAAGGUAUCAGUGCUUCCUGCCAAGUCAACUCAACACAUCAUUGCCCACCUUGAGAAUUCUGGUGGCAAAUGACAGUAGCAUUUAUAAAAAUCUACAUAAAAGUAUGCACAUUCUUAACUCCAGUCAGACAAGACCACAUGGAAGUAUUUAAUAUUUUGUUCUGGAGGUUAAUUGAAGGAUUAAGCGAUGUUUGGGAACUACAGUGAACUAAAAUGUCAAGCCACACCUGAUCAGUGUUCCUACAUGUGGUUAUGGACUACUAUUGUUAGUGAGCAUUAAAAUCUCCAUGAGCAGAUAUCCUGAACAGAAAUGCCAGGACUUCUCUUUGGACUGAGGGAGGGGGAGGGGAAAGGAAUAACCUCAAGAUACAGACCAGUAGGUCAAGUCAAGGGCAUCGGCUGGAUGGUGAGAUAGUCUGGAUCACAAUGUUUUCAUGUAAAUGAUUCAUAAAACAAAUUAACUUUGAAACAAUCUCCAGGCUAAUAUUCUUACAAAGUUCCUCAGCUUGUGGCUGCAUUACUUCUGGCAAAUAAAGUAACUGUCUUCAAGUUCUGCUCAGGUAUAUUCAAACAAUAUUUAGUGAUUCUAAUUUUAUGUUCAUGAUUUGCACUGUAUAAGAUUGUGGCAGUAUUUGGCACUUGGCAAAAUUGAUAUUUUGUAGCAUUCGUGUGUAGACACAGGCUAAAAUGAGUGAAUGAUGUAGUUUCUAUGGUUCAUUGCAAAGCCAGUGUAAUUAUUUUAUGAGUCAGUUCCAAAAUUGUGACAUACAAUGCUAGCAAAUCCAUAGGGAAUUCUCUGCUAAUUUCUUUACUUUUAUGAAUAAAAUGGUUUUGUUCCAAAAACUUUCACCUUCAGGAAUGGAAAUAUUUUAAAAUGGCAAUUUGUACAUGUGUUAUUUGGUGUAUGCGUUGUGCGUUAUGGCAAAAAGAAGUUUUUUUUUGUGGUGGGUUUACACUAUUGUUUUCUAUGUCCAUGCUCUAAAUUGCAGUUGUUGCCCAGUGCUAAGCUUCCUGUCAUUAAUUUUCUUUUUCUGUUUUAUCACUGCUGCCAAUUAUGUGCAUAAUAGUCUUGUACAAAGAGUAUUGACUUUGCAGUUUCUAUCGGCACUUCUUUUAGAUGACAGUGCAAUUGAUAGCGAAUGUGCACUUCCCCCAUCAUAGGCUGCUCUAGAUAAUGUAUUCAUUUUAUAUUUCCACGAUUCAAUAUCAGAAAAGAUCUAUUUCCCCCGAUGCAGCUCAUUGCCUGCUUCUAUUUGGCCUUUGGUGAAUUGGGGUGGGAAGGAGAGGAAGCACAGGUAUAAAAGGCUGAAAUACUAACACUAUUUCUGGCACAGCAUCAUCAAUGCUCCUAACAUUCAGUGCAUAGUUCUUUGCAUAUAAAGAGAAAGAGAAUAGGGACUGAUAGAUCUCAUGUUUCUUCAGAACUCACCAAUCGAACCAACUAACUGAUUUUUCUCAGUACCUUUUAUGUUUUCUUUUCCUAAAUAAAAAUGAGAUAAAUAAAUAAAAACAGGAAGGUGUAUACAACACAUACCUAAGAGGGAAACGACAUGUUUGCAGUGAUGGUCAGCCCUCCUCUAAGGAGAUCCUGUGCUCAAUGGUUGACUAACAGUAGUAGUCUACCCAAUGUUUCCAAUUCCCGUGUCCUUUCCACAUUAAGCAGAAUUCACUGCCUGAAUUGGUGAGGGUGUAUGCCAAAUCUCAGCAUUACUUGUUCUGUCAACUUGUUGUUUGUGCUAUGUUCUGUACUCACUCGUGCUGUUUUGAAGUUUUUUUUUCUGUACACAGCAACUCCAUUUGUAGAAAUAUUAGCGUAUCGUAAUCCAGAAGUAACUUGGGGCUUUUUUUUCUUUUUAAUGCAGUGUUGCUGUGUUAAAGUAAGGUAACCACCUAGAAGUUUUUUUUUAAAAAAGUUUCUAAAUGCAAUAUGUUCAAAGAACUCAAUGUUAAUCUGCUUCUUGUUUGUUUUAUUGGAGCCACUUUAAGCAAAAAUCAAAAUGUCACACAGCAGCCUUUUGAAGAACAGUAGUGCAUGUUUUUUUUUGCACUUGAAUCAUUGCUUUGCCAUAUGUUGUACCAAACAUUACACAGAGUUGAAGACUAGAGAUGAUGCUGGGUUUUUUCUUAAACACCUUUUACGAAAAGAUAUGUUUCUAACGGAAGCAAGUUACAAUUUUCUUCAAUUUCUGUACAGGCUGGUUCUCAAAUAGUUGUCAACAACUUCGGAUGACUUGCUCAGAGAUUUGUAGCACAGCCUAUCAAAUCUCUUAAAAUGUCUCAAAAUAAUGUGACCUUGUUUAAAUAGCAGCAGAUCUCUGCAUGCAGACAUGCGUUGAAAGGACAGGAGGCUUAAUCUAAACAUAAAUAAUGCAGUAAUACAGGGCAAUGUUUACUUAAUGGACUAAUCAGCUGUGCCUUUUAGUCUAAAUGAUAGAUUAAAAUCAGUAUCAACAGACGUUAUCUUUACAGAGCUGUGAAGUACACAACAACUGUCCAAGAAUGUGAACGCAUUUUGUCCUCAGGUAAAAUGUAUGAGAAUGGUUGACAAUAUCUUUGUGACUUGUUUGUAAAAGGCAGUUGAAGAUUAGAAAUUUGUAUUUAUUAGAUUAGAUUGCGUUUUCACCUUAAUACAAUCAGCAAACACGUGAUUCAGCUGAUGCUCAAAGAUCUCGCAUUUAUGUUUUGUUGUGUCAUCUUUGGUAUUAGUCUCGCACAUGGGGCCAUUGUAAGAAAUAGCCAAAAGAAAGGUAAAACAAUAGGUAGGCUGUUGAACAUGUCAUGUUUUGCCGCUUUGUCUACAGCCAUGACAUGUUCAGUAGCUUUUACUGCAAAAUAUUUUAUGCAUUUUCCUGAUCAAUUAUUGUACAUAUAAUCCAUGCACUCAACAUUAGUCAAACUUGGAAACUCUUUCUGUAUGUACCAGGAUGGAUAGAAUCCAACUCCCCAGGAAGAAUCUAUGAUUAACCCUUUUGAGAUAAUCUGGGGUCUCUAAUCCCCUUGCUACUUUUGGUUUUCAUUUUAAGAGCUAGUUUAGAUCACUUAAGUAACAAUGUUAAUAUUGUUUGCUAUAAAAAUGUUUGCUUCUAAGAAUUAGUUUUUAUGGCCAUAAGAAAGAUAUAGAGGACUAACUGGUUGACUUCUUUUACAACCAAUGUGAUACAAAUAGAAUUUAUGAUUUUUGCCUUUUUAUGACUUAGUAAAAAGAGGUUCUACCAAUUUAAAGCUUUUAUUCAGGUAAGUGUUUCCCUUCUUUGAAGACAUUCAUCUUUUAUCCAAGUGCAGCUUUCAUUUCUUUUAUCUGUUGUUUAUAAUGCCGGGCGAGCAUUUGUGUUGCACGAUAUUCAGACAUAUUUGAGCAGUCUUUUUGAAUAUAAGAUAAAUAUUGGAAUGUCUGAUAUUUGCUACACAUGUUCUGUUGCAAACACAUUAUUAAUCACAACCAAAUAUUGCUCAAAACUUCAAAGUGCUGAAUGAUACACAGAUAGAGUCGCAGUUAUGUUAUGCAAAAUAAUGAAGCAAGACGGGAGAAAAUCUACAACACAAUAAAAUGGAGCAACGUGGAAUGAGAAUGUAAGCCCCAGGCAGAAAAAUGGAAGAAGUGUGAGUGUCCAAAUAAUCAGAUGUGAGUUUGUUAGAUUGAGUCACUUCUAUUGAAGUGAAUCAAAUAAGCAAAAUUGAGAUUGUUAGUUGCAUUUUAAAUUGAUAGAUAAAUAGGAGAGUUACUGUUCUGACAGAUGAAAUCAAGUAAGACUAAAAUAAACAGAACCAAACUGCAAUUCUUCUGUAAUCCACUUAAAGACUGGGAAGUAUCAUAAAAUGAUGAUGGCUCGAAAAAUUUCAACUUGGAAAAUACUUUUCAUUUUUUGACACAACCUGGCCAUAUUAGUUGAUUGGAAAAUAACUUUGGUAUCUCAAUACAAACAAGAACAGGAGUGCCUGUACAGAAUUAUUCAUUUAAUUAUAGAUUUGGCCAUCAUGCAAGCCAAAUUAUUUUAAAUACAGCCCUUUCUGCUAUUACGUAUAUUUUUGACACGAAUUGACUGCAAUGCAAUUGGUGAAUAGGUGAACACUGAUUGUAAAAUGCGACCAUUUGCAUUCAUUUGUUGGCCAUUACGUGAUUCCAUCCCACCACCAUCAGUUAUCUUCAAAUUUUUUUCAAGGUAAAAUGUUAAAUUUCUGUAUUAUUUCAUUAAUGGAUGUGAAUUUGACAUUUAUUUAAAGUGUGCUAUCCUUUAUAUUAGACUAUAUAACUACUAUAUUUGUUUUGAUUUUGAGUGAUAAUUUUAGUGGUCUGCCCCAGCCCUACUUUUUCCAUAAGCCCUGUUAUUCUUAUUGUGUGGCUUACUAUAGCGCGAGUUUGCACAAGCACACAAUUACCACAUUAUAGCAGAAAGGACAGUAUUGACUUGUGUUUUACUGUUAAACUAUUUAUGUCAUUUAAUGUUGCAUAUUAGAAGUACGUCUUAUUUUUGUUGAAAUUUCCAACCAUUUUCUUUAACAACGGGUUAGUUGUUUGAAGUUCAUUAUCACCAGGAAUUAAUGAGAGGCUUCUGAUUUCACCUACAGUUUAGGUCAAUCUAUACCAAAUAAUAUCAACUGUUUUAUGAAACAAGAAGAUGGAAUUUCUUUUUACACAUUGCCUUUUCAGCAACUUGUCAAUGAUUAUAACUAGUAGUAAGUGUGUUGACAAAAGAUGUUUGACAUACUCUUUGCCAAGACUCCUCUAAGUCCCUUCUUCUGAUACAAAGCUUUGGCAGCUUUUUACUUGGUAGAAGAGUUUUGGAUGCUGGGUUGUUAUAAUUGGUUGUUUUCAGAGUGAACCUUCCAAUAGCUGAUAACUUGCGAACACAUUUAGUUAGUUUUACAGGAUGCUUAAUAGCUAUCAAUGUACCAAUAAUGUAAGAUAUCAAAUUCUUCUUUCACUGCAGCAGCCAAAGAUAAGUGUCUUAUCUUUAUUGAACUCAGUGGCAUUGUAAGUGGACAUAUGGCGCAAUUGGAGCUGCAUGCCUGUGGGAAUAGCAUUUUCCAAGUCAUGGGAGUGUCUUAGCUAAAAAUCUCUUUAUUGAAACUAUGAGCUAACACAGACUGGUUGUUCAGUUACAUAUAUACAUGAACAAAUAUCUGCAAAAGGAAUCAGUACAUGUAUCUCAAAGAUUAGCGCCAAUGAUCUGGAAUUACUCUGCGUAAUGUAAAGGCUUUACGAGCAUUUUACAAUCACUAUGAUCUAUGUAAUAAUUACUAUCAUAAGCAACAGCAUCCCAAAUGGGAACUAACUUUGGACUCGGGAAGGGAUGUAAUGCUCAGACGCAUCACCCCCAAGCAAAUAAAUGUUAGAAAAUGUGAGAUAUUUAUUCUUUGAGCAAUAAAACAACUUUAAGCCAAUAACUUUCAUCAUAUUUUCCUAAAAUGAUAAAGCAAAUUCAUGUAUUAAAAAUCAGUGGUACAGUACAGAUGUAUUAAUCAGAAUUCCUUACAUCCAGGAUAUAGUCUUGCAAAAGUAAAAACUCUAAAGGCCUCUUGCUGCAAUGAUACCAAAUCUUCAAAAGGUGCUGUGUUUUAUUUUCGGAAAUGGUGGAACCUAUAAAAAUAAAUCUGCGUGAGUUUGUGUGCAUUUUUAUAACUAAUUUCUCUGUAAUUGAAAAGAAUGACUUCUUAUCCAUACUGGACAGUAAAUACCUGUGUUCUUUUUUAAAACUUACUACUCUUUAGCACAAAGUAUGGCCCAAGUCCAUCAUAAUAGUAUUGUGUAGACGUUUGAUGUAAUACAGUAAUCUUUUGCAUGAGAUACAUCGCAAAUGUAAUCCGCUGUCACUGUAAACAAUCUGUAACAAAUGUGAUAUGUAAAGUGCCCUAUCAUGUAUUAUAUUAUAAAAGUAAUAUAAAUGCUGCCAAGCAAUUGAAUGUCACCUUAUUUUGUAAUGUUAACGGUGACACGUACACAUUUUGUGAGCCAAGAUGAGACUCAUCAACAUUCAAUCACCAAGCGUGCAAUAUGCAUAAUAUCUCUCUUCUCAGUCGGCCUGUGGUCAGUCAAUUCAACCAUUGGAGUUCAAUUCAACGGAUUUGUAAAGUAAAAAAUCUAUGUCAAUUCUGGUUUUUGUUUCAAAGAAAGCUAUGCCAAUUUUUUUUUGGACGAAUUAAUUCUUGCCGAGAGAUUUACAAUAUCAUGUGACGUAUUCCUCAUGAAGCCAAUUCUGGUUUAUCAGAGGAUUAAAUGCAAUGAGCAGAUUUUAAGACAUUAAUCUAGAUCAAAGUUCACAUUGCACUGAUUUUCUGGCUGUAGGUGUUGAUAAAGGUUUUAUAAGUAUUAAUUAAAAGUUAUGAAACCGUGCAUACUAGAGGCACCUCUGGUAUUCAGUAGGUUUUGCAAGAGAGCAGAUACAGAAGACUUCACAGCUUCUGCAUACUGAGGAUAGCAGAAAUUAACCUUGUACAUGGAAAUGAAAAAUUAAAAUCCAAGCCUUGAUUUUGGAUAUGAUUUGAUGGUUGUGUGUUACAGCAAAGGAACAAUCUUCUGCCUCACUAAGUAGUGCUUGAUCAUAACAGAAUGGCUCUUAAGAGGGUUCCAUUGUAUGGCCGGUAUAGAUUAACAAACAGGAUUACUCCCUUAUCUUUCAGUUACUUAAGAAUGUAAGUGGAAUGAAUGAUAAUGUAAUGCUUUACUAAUCUUUUAAUUAAUUUUCCAUUUGAGUUUUUUUUGGCAGUAUCACUUUCCAGCAUCCUUUCCAACAAAUGGAUUGUCUCUUAACAAUGUAUGUAUGUCAUACUUGACAGACAACUCAACAUACCAAUCAUAUGGAUCAUUGACACUGACAUUUUAAGAGAGCAAGAGAAACAGGCAAAAAUAACACAGAUGUGUGAGUUUAUUUUUAGUUCAGAGGUCUGAUUCUAAACUAUCGUGAACGGUUUGGCAAACCUAGCUUACAAGGCUAGUAUGUUGCCAUUCAAUUUAAAUAUGCUUAAUGCGAAAGAGGGUAAAUAGAUGCAGGAUGUGUGCUAGGAGAUAAAGCGUGUGAACACAUAAACUAGUAUACUUGAGCUAAAAAGAGGGUAAGUUAGAUACUGUUACAUGGCCUUCCUGUCUAGCCUUUCUAAAGAUACUAAUGUGGGCAAUUGGAAGUAAAUCUAUUCUCUAGUUUGCAGAAGUGAAUCUAGUGGGUUAAUGAAAAGAAAAUACAGAAAAAAAGAGGCUGGUAGUUUCAAACAUUCUCUGUAUUGCUCUGGAGACGUUUUGUUGUUAACUGGAUAUAUGGCGUUCCAAUGUGAACUUUGUGGGUAUCGGGCAUCUGCAUUGAUCACAAUUUGUUAAAGUUUAUUUUUAAAUAAAUAAUAACUGAGUAAUGCAGUGAUCAAAAGUUCAAAUUUGUUACAUUAUUGCAUUCUGGCGUGAGGAAAUUCAAAUUACAGUUUGAGAAUAAGAAUAUUUGGUGUCAUUAAGUUUUUCAUAAACACCAAAGUUAUUGCCGUGUCCAUUUGCUUUAGUCAGGAGAGUGCCUCCUGCACUUGCCCUGUACCUGUAUGAGAUGCAUUUAGAUUCUGCAAGGAAGAAAAAUUCCAUCCCGUCUUUCAGUAAGAUGGGCAAGAGAGAGUGAGGUUUGAUGGAAAUAGUAGGUGAGGUUCAAUCUCAAACAAGAAUCUCCAGAGUUGUGAAGCUCUAGCUGCUGUGUAAGUGUCUUAAAUGGUUCUCAAAUUCCACAUCAGCAUGACACUCUGUAGUAUUUAAAGACUGCAUGUUUUUAAAAACAAGGCCUUUAUAGGGUCAUUCUUACAUAAUAAUUAAUAAAAAGAAUGAAGAAUUACAAGGCACUCUGUUCAAGAAAUAACAACUUCAUGAGUCAAACAUUGAAUUGAAGUUGGACAUUUAAAGUAGAAGCUGUUCCACCCUGUGUAUUUUAAACAAUUUAUUUGACUAUGUUUGCAGUAUAUUCAUUAACAUAAAGCACCUGACUGCUGUAACUAAUACUGUGUCUUUUUAAAUCUAUUAUUAUUCACAAAGGAUACUGAUAUGCUCCUUCACAUGAAGAUGUGAUACCUACACCUAACUUACUCCGUUUCAAUACUACUUCAAUAUCUCCAUGAAAAUUAAGACAAGUCAUUGGAGUGGGUUGUAGUGGAGAUUCUAAUCGCAGCUGCAGUCCCUCCCCGCCCCAAUAGUUACUGUGCUGCACUGUCCUUUGUUCUAAUAUCAACAUAGUUUGAUCAAAAUGGAAGUUUUUAGAUUAAAUAUGGCACUUCUGGAAGUUGGUUGAUUUGGAAGAGUGAACAUGAUUGGAUAAAAACCGAAAGAAAUGUGGAUGCUCAGAAACAAAAACAGAAGUUGCUGGAAGAGCCUCAGGAGGUCUGGCAGCAUCUGCGAAGAGAAGUCAGGGUCAAUGUUCGAAUCUGAUAACUCGGGAUUCUGAGGAAGGGUCACCAGACCUGAACAUUAACCCUGUUUUCUCUUCACAGAUGCCGCCAGACCUGCUGAGCUUUUCCAACAACUUCUGUUUUUGAACAUGAUUGGACGAUGUGUUGCAACAGUUUCCUAAUCAGUGAUCCCACUGAGUGCAUCUCUCUGCACCCUCCACACCAAACCUACCAAGUAUUGUACCACCAGGUGAAAAAGACCCAUUCAACACCUGAGAUAGUAGGAACUGCCGAUGCUGGUGAAUUUGAGAUAACAAGGUGUAGAGCUAGAUGAACACAGCAGGCCGAGGAGCAGG